GCAAGCCCGGCCGUUGAACCCCCUCGCUCGCUCGCUUCGCCCGCCCGAGCCGAGCGGCGGCGACCCGGGAGCUGCAGGGAGGAGCGGGUGGAGCCGGCGGUGACGGUCCGGGGCCGCGGAAAAAAAGGGCGCUCAGAAAACGGAAAGAACUCUUCCUUCAAAAGCAUAAAUGGUAAAAUCGUUGGUCAUCGGAAUCAGCGGCGUGACAAAUGGUGGGAAGACAACCUUGGCUAGAAACCUUCAAAGACAACUCCCAAACUGCAGUAUCAUCUCUCAGGAUGACUUCUUUAAGCCAGAAUCUGAGAUAGAGAUUGAUGAGAAUGGAUUUUUGCAGUAUGAUGUGCUUGAUGCUCUUAAUAUGGAAAAAAUGAUGUCCACUGUGCAUUCCUGGAUGAAGAAUUCCCAACAUGCCACAGGGUUACCUGACUCGGAAAGUACUGAGGGAGUUUAUAUUUUGAUUAUUGAAGGUUUUCUUCUCUUUAAUUAUAAGCCCCUGGAUACUAUAUGGAAUAGAAGUUACUUUCUGACUAUUCCCUAUGAAGAAUGCAAGAGGAGAAGGAGUGCUAGAGUCUAUGUACCACCAGACCCACCGGGCUACUUUGAUGGACAUGUAUGGCCCAUGUACCAGAAACACCGAAGAGAAAUUGAUGACAUCACAUACAACAUUGUUUAUUUAGAUGGUACCAAAUCUGAGAGAGACCUGUUUUUACAGGUGUAUGAUGAUCUAAUAAAGGAGCUGGUAAAGACAAAGUUGUCUUGAGGGGUGGGCAAGGCUUCUUUUUCAAAAAUAACAUCGUAAAGAUGGAAUACAGUUGGAUUCUUCCCAGCCUGUAUUUGAAGAGUAUGGAGAUCUGAUUUAAUCAGCUAUAGCCACUGCACUCUACAAACUGAUCCUGCCAAACUAAUCAUCAUUACGACCCUAAUGCUUCGUAUAUCUGAAUGCAAUCUGUCAUCUGUGUAAUCUCGCUGGCUCUCAGCAGUAUUCAUAAGAGAUUUAUUCUCCCCAGUUUUAAAAACAUGCAGUUCAGCUCUCUGGGACUUCAUAAAACAAAGGUAUUAUAAACACCUACUAAUCACCUCUGUGGCUGGUAUUAUGAUAACUUUAUGCCACAUACCCAUCUAUUUGCCCUUUAAAAUAAGGGUGAAUUGGACAGAAUUGAAACGGUUUCAGGUAACCUCUUGUUGUACUUUAUUUGCUCAGAAUAGUAAUCCAGAAAGUGAUUUGGUGAUUGAUAUAUAUAUAUGGGUGUAUGUAUAUAUAUAUAAAAAUAUAUGUAUUACCAUGAAUGCACUCUGAACUUGAAGUUUGAAGUCUCAGUUGGAGAUUAACUUUGAGGAUGCGGCUAGAAGAUUUUGUUCGUUUUCUUAAAACUACAUUCUAUGCAAUGCAGGGAUCCUACUGUAAUAGAAGCAAAUUUGUUGUAAUUCAUUUUGUUGUACUCUUAAAUCAGUCCGGAAUAUCUGUGGCUUGACAUUUUCAGUCAAAAGCAAUAUUUUCCUUGAAUUACUGAGACUUUUACAUUUUAAAUCCAACUCUCUCAGUGCCUAAAAUUAAUCAUUCAUUGUGUUAUGCUCUUGGGAAAGGUCCUUCACUCUACUGGCUUGCUAGGGGACUAUUUAAUGUGUGGUGCUUACGUGGUUCAAACAUGGCAGUAAUACACUACAUAGUCCUCUAGUGGUUUAGAAGAGUGAAUGGUCCUUCCAAAGAGUCUAACUUACUACCAGUGAGUUAUUUUAGGCCCUGGGAGAAUCGGACUCACUGUUUCCAACGUUACUCGUUUGUUAGGGGAAAAGCCAUUGCUUCAAAAUAUUUUGGUCAAUCCCUUGGUGGUAUGUACUGAGCACUUCCUGUGUGCAGGGCACUGUACUUAGAGCUUGGGACAGUACACUAUACCAGAGUUGGUAGACAUGGUCCUUGCCCAUAAGGAGCUUAUAGUGCUUACAGACUGAAGUUUACAAAAUCGUGAAAGAUGUGGGCAGAUCAGAUAACAUAUUGAUCUGCCCCAAAUCCCACAGUACCAGAACUAGGGGACGCUCACUCACACUGAUGGGUGGUUGGGUCAUAACAAAAAAGAAACAUUUCUUCACUCAGUGAGGAGGGGAAAGGAGGGGUGCAGGGGGAUGAUAACUAUAUGCGGAUAGAAAUAGCAGGUAAAGAGGGGUUUGGGAAAUUCAUGGAUGAGAGGUUCAUAAUGGAUGACUAGAGAGAGAGUUAAGAAUGUAAAAGAGAACAUUUGGAACCAAUCAAUGGUAUUUAUCGAGCGCUUACUGUGUGUAGAGCAGUGUACGAAGCCCUUGGGAGAGUCCAAUAUAACAGAGUUGGUAGACGUUCUCUGCCACAUCAAGCUUACAGUCUAGAAGGAUUCCACGAUUCCACCAAACCUUCUGUUGCCACAAUCACAGACAGAACCUUGGGCUGGAAAGACCGCUGGCCUGACCCAAUAAUAGCACUGCUUUGUCAUCCUGUAGUCUUGAGUUGGAAAUAUAUGGAAAUACAAGACUAUGUGAAAAUAAAAAUGAUUCAGAUAUUGAGCUGUA